AAUUAUUUUGUUGAAUCUGGAUAAAGUGUGAGGCUAUGCUCUGGUAGUAGCAGCACAGACUUCUAAAUAAGGCCAAGAGAAUGAGUCUUGUAAAGUGGCAGGUCACAGUAGGGGUAUCUAUAGGUUAAGGUGAUUAAUUUUACCAAUGAGCAGGCCAUUCUCAGCUUAGACAAGGGUCCCAUGUCUUAUGGCUGCUACCCAGUCCAAAUAAAACUGAAGAACAUGUACUGUGCACAGCAAAAAAAAAAAAAAAAAAAAAAAAACACUCCUUGAGGCCUGCAGUUCGAUAAGCUGAUGAAGUGAUUCACAAAGUUGCACCCACAGUCAUCUGAUUUUAGAUGAAAUGAUUACUAGAUACUGAUGAGGAGAUACUGUGCAAGAUGGAGAGAGCUAUGACCUUGUGAUGCCUGAUGGUUCAUAUACAGUACCUGACCAUCAUAAUCACCUGACCAUCAUUAUGGACUAGCAUGAGGUAACAUCUGAAAGAGGCAAGAACAUCAGGGCCAGAUGGAUGUCCCUCAACUUCAGCUAGUUGAUUUGUUUUGACUUUACAUAAGAGGGCCACGCACCCCCAGUACCCCUGUGGCACUACUGUAUGGGAAAUGAUUAUCCCUCUCUGGUUGGACACCACUCACAUUUCAGUCUGGGGCAUUUGGGAUCCAGUUGCAGGCUGAUAACCCACUUCUGGAACACCUACAGUUCUAGCAAGCCUAGGGGGAAUACUGAUGGAAAAACAUUUCCUUAUUGUCAGGAGGUGCGAGUUUGAAUCCUAAUCAUGCCAAAAACUUAGUGUUCUCUGGGUGGGAGGGAUGGCAUACUGUCAAUCAUAUUGUUACUAGCCAAUUGCGGGCAUCUGUGAGCUCAUGCAUGCAGAAAAGGGUGGAUUGUGCUUUCCUCCAGGUGAGUUACUCUGUGACAGCAGCUUAGUUUGAAAACAUUUGGUGGUUGGCUUCACAAAUCUCAAAGGAAUUAUGUGCUAGCAUUCACCCUCCCUGGUUGGUAACUGUCAUAUGAUAGGUCGAGAGCUGGCUGGUGGGUGGGAAUUGGCAGGUGACCAAAUUAGGGGAUACAGUGGGGACCCCCAAUCUGGAUUCAUGCCAAUAAACUAUGUGACCUGCUUUGGUGAGGAGAGCUUUUCUCUGUAUUUCACUCUGAAAGAGUCCUUAGUGGGGACAGAUAGGAGCCAGUCAUCCAAAUAUGGCAGUAUCCUGAUGCCAGUGGCCAUCAGAGGAGACAAGGCCACCUGUUUACAUCUUGGAAACACUUGUGGUGCUAGGGAGAGGCCAAAGAAAGGAAUUUGAACAGGAAUGCCUGCCCUUGGAUUUAAGAAUUGAGUUGUUGGCAAUGGCUACAUGAAAAUAAGCACUGUGCAUGUACACAAACAUAAACCAAUUCUGUGGCUGAAUGGCUUAAACUAAAUCUGUCACAUGUAAUAUAUGAUAAGGUAUGGUCUUCAGGAACUUUUUCAACUCUCAGAAAAUUCCACAUUUUUUGAAAAAGAAGUUGAAUACAACUCACUUUGAAUUGUGAGGUCUACCGUGUUAAACCUGCACCCUCCUAUCUAGAGGUUUGUUUGGCAGCAUGUCCAAAGAGUGACAAAAGCAAGGUUCGCUGGUGAGUACUGUACCAAUCAUGACCCAGAUGCCCCACUAUCUGAAGUGAGGUGUUAAACAACUCCCUUACAGCGGGGUUAGCAUCACCAGAUUGGUGGGACUCCUUCAGUGCUAGCAACCAGGGAGCCAUCAGUGUGUCUGCAUUCAGUACUGGGACAGCACAUACCUGAGCAUACUGUUUUCUGUGGUGAGAGCAUCAGCAACAUGGCACAAAAACCGACCUGCUUGUAAUUCAUCCUGUUAACCAGAUAAUGUGCCACAGAGCCCAGGUGUCUAAGAGCUUAGCAUGAAUCCCUUCUGAAAGGUGCCAGUAAAUUCAGGUAAAAGCCCUGUCAUCACAGGUGCUGACUACAUUCCCUGUUAUGUGUUGCAUUGCACUGUCCAAACCUACUUGAGUCACAGCCAUCUUCAUGAUGACUGUCACAACUACACAAAUAAUGUUUGUAAUAUAGUAGAAAAGUGCAUUCACGUAGGUAGAAAGGAGUAAGAGGAGGUAUCCCCGGCUUUAGAGGGUAGGAUACCUGUAGCUCCAGCCACGGUCAAAAGUUCCUAAACAUAUAUAGUUCCACUGUGUUCAUGUACUCCAGCAUAAAAUACACAACAGGACUGUUUCAUUUGCUUCCAUAUAAAAACAGUUACACUGAGCAAUAUGCUUUGUUUACAUUGUUGUAAUAUCCUGUUCAUAUUUUGUUCAAGAAUUCAAGUGUAUUAGAACAAUUCGAUUUUAUUCCAUGUUUCCAUUAAACUCCGCGUUUUGUGUGUUGUGCUGAUUUAUGCAAGCCUGAUGUAGAAGUUACUUACAGCAUGCCAUGUAACCCAUAGCAACCACUGUAGCCCAGUAGGUGGAGGGUGUUGUCUUUCAGACCUCUGAUUGGAUGAUAGCUGGUGAUUUUUUUUUUUUUAAUUCGUGUGUGUGUGUGUGUGUUUGUGUUUUUAUAUCUUGGUUAGUACCAAAAUGUCCCCACAUCGAUAGGAAUACAGGAUAGUUUUGAGCUUGUGGGGACAUUUGGCUGGUCCCCCACAAGAAAAACAGUUUGUUAUUAUUUUAACUUCCUUGAUUUUUAAACGAGACAAAAUACUUUAUUUUGGUUAAGGAGGUUACCGCAAGGGUUAGCUUUAUGUGUAGGCAUAGCAUUAAUUAGUUGCAUUAAUAAUUGUGUCAGUGGAUGGUCCUCACAAAGAUAGUAAGGAAAACGUGUGUGUGCGCGCGCAGAUACUUCUAAAUAUACGCUUCUAUCUAUGGUUCUAAAUACCCUUAGGGAAAUUACUCAUGGUAUUACUGUGGUAGUAUAAUCUAUUCGGUCUUAUCUAUUAUCUUUUAUUAUUCAGUCGCGUUUCAGCAUUUGUUCUCCAUUAAGUGGGACAACAGGGCGGGGUGGUGCGCAUGCGCAGUGGCAUUCGCAGCGCAAAUCUCCCCUUAUCGGCGAUAGCCAGAAGUGUCUUGGCGCAACGCCGGAACAUCGGGGAAAAAGCUGUCAUUUAAAACGAAGCGGAUAUUUCUCUCUUACCAGUUCCGCCACCUGUGAAUCACAGCUGUCUUAACAUUUUCAGCGCAUUUUAAAAUUUUUGUUAGCCACCAGACGGCGGGUGUCGUCCAAUCGCAGGGCGUCGACUUGAGCAUCCAUCUAGCGGUUGAGAAGCGGCGAACAAUACACAGUCCGCAAUCUCCGUCGAUAUGUCUGGAUACCAGGGCAAAAAGAACAUCCCUCGCAUCACUAGUGAUCGUCUGCUUAUCAAAGGGGCGAAGAUUGUGAAUGAUGAUCAGUCCUUCCAUUCUGACAUCUAUAUGGAGGAUGGUGUUAUUAAACAAAUUGGGGAGAACCUCAUUGUUCCUGGUGGGGUUAAAACCAUUGAUGCCCAUGGCAGGAUGCUGAUCCCUGGUGGCAUUGAUGUGCACACCCGAUUCCAGCUGCCUGACCGGGGCAUGACUGCUGCAGAUGACUUCUACCAGGGCACUCGUGCUGCUCUCGCUGGAGGCACCACUAUGAUCAUUGACCAUGCGGUGCCAGAGCCAGGAGUUAGCCUUCUAGCUGCAUUUAACCAGUGGAGGGAAUGGGCGGACAGCAAGUCAUGCUGUGAUUACUCACUUCAUGUAGACCUCACGGAGUGGCACAAGGGCAUGCAAGAAGAGAUGGAGACCCUGGUGAAGGACCAUGGUGUCAACUCUUUCCUGGUCUAUUUGGCCUAUAAGGAUGUUUUCCAGCUUAAUGAUUCCCAGAUGUAUGAGGUGUUCAGUGUGAUCCGAGACCUGGGAGCCAUUGCCCAGGUGCAUGCUGAGAACGGGGAUAUCAUUGCUGAGGAGCAGAAAAGAAUCCUGGAGUUAGGCAUCACUGGCCCAGAGGGUCAUGUUCUCAGUCGCCCAGAAGAGGUGGAAGCUGAGGCAGUCAAUCGUGCAGUAACAGUGGCCAAUCAAACCAAUUGCCCCCUGUACAUCACCAAGGUGAUGAGCAAGAGUGCUGCUGAUGUCAUCGCUCAGGCCAGGAAAAAAGGUACUGUGGUGUACGGGGAGCCCAUCUCUGCUAGUCUGGGCACUGACGGCACUCACUACUGGAGCAAGAACUGGGCCAAGGCUGCUGCCUAUGUGACAUCUCCACCUUUGAGCCCGGACCCCACCACCCCUGACUAUCUCAACUCUCUGCUCUCAUGUGGUGAUCUGCAGGUAACUGGCAGUGCUCACUGUACCUUUAACACCUCUCAGCGAGCUGUAGGCAAAGACAACUUCACCCUCAUCCCAGAGGGCACCAAUGGCACUGAGGAGAGGAUGUCCAUCAUCUGGGACAAGUGUGUGGUGACUGGUAAGAUGGAUGAGAAUCAGUUUGUGGCUGUGACCAGCACCAACGCGGCCAAGAUUUUUAACCUGUACCCACGUAAGGGCCGCAUCGCUGUGGGCUCUGAUGCUGACUUGGUGCUAUGGGACCCUGAUGUCACUAAGAUUAUCUCUGCCAAGAGCCACAACCUGGCAGUUGAAUAUAAUAUCUUUGAGGGUGUGGAGGUGCGUGGUGCUCCCUUAGUGGUGAUCAGUCAAGGUAAGAUUGUUCUGGAGGAUGGAAACCUCCACACUACUGAGGGAUCAGGACGUUACAUAACCCGCAAAACCUUCCCUGACUAUGUUUACAAGAGGAUAAAGGCUCGCAGUAGGCUUGCUGAGCUGCGUGGCGUUCCACGUGGCCUUUACGAUGGUCCAGUGUGUGAGGUCACUGUGACACCUAAAAUAAUGACCCCUGUGACCUCUAACAAGACUUCUCCAAACAAACCCACCCCACAACCCAUUCGCAAUCUGCAUCAGUCUGGAUUCAGUCUGUCUGGAGCUCAAAUUGAUGACAAUGUUCCUCGCCGCACCACUCAGCGCAUCGUAGCUCCCCCUGGUGGCAGGGCAAACAUCACAAGCCUGGGAUAAAGAACCCACUUGCCCAGUCCUGAAAGAAAGGGGUGGCAGGGAACCAAGGGCCCUUGCUCUGGCCAUCACUUCUACCAAUGAGACCCCUACCAGGCCCCUACAGUACAAUUCAAUAUGACAACAUCCUCAAAUUCUUCAGUAUUUUACUCAAAAAGAAACACGGUCAAGGCAUUAUUGUGUAUUUUCCAGCAUUAUCUUUAAACUACUAUUCGGGUUUUUUUUCCCUUGUAGGAAGUGUAAUGUGAAUCUAAACUAAACUUGUAUUAUUUUAUUGUUACACGUAAACCAUGUAAAUGACAGAGAAAAAUACUUCCUGUUCAGAAUUACCCUUCAGUCAUUUUUGUUUAUUCAACACAAUUGUUAACACAUUGGUCUAGUCUUUGGGAUAUUUUCUCAAUUUUAAGGAACUUGGGUAAUUAGGUGUGUUGUUCUAGUGUCUUUCCUUUCUGAUUGGUAGGAUUUUUGUGCUGCCAGCAUAAUUCACUUUGUUUUUAUGCACUUUCUUGGCAUUAUUUUGAAAACAGUAAUGUCAUUUAUACUUUUUGGCUGUCAUGUUCAUUACAUCAGAUUUAGGAUUAGACCAUUUAUGUCCUCUGAAUAGUGGGGGUUUCAAAAAAGAACAAUGCUUGGCUGAAUGAAAGAAAAGAAUCUGUAUCCCUUUGUAUCACCCACCCCAAAUUCCCCCAGCCCCCCUCUCUAGUUGCCCAUGAGUAAGGUAUCCCGGCAACAGCCUUUUAACCCUUCAAAUAAUGGUUUAUUGGUUUUGACAGGCAUGUUAUGGUGCUAUUUAAUUGGCACUGCUGAUGUGAAAUGUGCCAGACUGCUUGUCCAACUAUGCCAGAGCCUGUAAAACCUAUCCACCGGUAGUCAGCAAGCUCCCUCUCUCCUGUAAGCUAUUUAUCCUUCUGAUAUUCACUGUAUGGUCAUUUUGUGGUUUCUUAGUGACCAUAGUGAUUGCAUAUCAUCUGGCAUGUGUAGAAUUGAUCCUGUGGAGAUAUGGUGUUGGUUCAGUUUACCCGGUAAAAAUGUUUUUACUUUUAAUUCUGCUGUUUUCUUUAAUGUCACAUUCACUUGCCUGCUUGUUUAUUAGAUGGUUAUUGACUGUCUGUGAGUAUUGUUAUAAAGACCUAAGAAUUUCUCAUGGAAAAAAAAAAUUGUACAGAGUUUGUCUCUCUGCUUCAUUCCAUCCACUGUAUGAAAUGUUACUGCUUAAAGGCCAACUAAUCCACAAAUGUGACAUUGAGCAGAGUCCUUCAUCUGCAGUAGCAUUAAAAGGUCAUAGAAUUCUAAAUAGACCUAGAUCAAUACUUAAUAUCCAUAAAACACCUUUGUACAGCAUUAUGUCUCACUUGCUGAUGUUUACAGUCCUCUUAUAGUGAUGGGAAUGUAGAACUGUGGUGGAAGAUGAGCAAGUUGGGUACCAGUACCAUACAAAUACAAUACUUCUAUGAUUUGCUCUUGAAGCAUCUAAAUUUCCACUAGUUUUGAAGUGUGGAUUGCAGAGGAGAAAGAAUAUUUUAGUGUCUUUCUUAUUUUAAUUUUUCUGACUUGUUGCCCUUUGUCAUGCAUUGUUGAAGGUAAAAAAGCAAUUGUUGACAGUGUAUGUUUUAUAGGCUACUGGGAUCUGCAAAAGUUUUCUUCCUCAAUUAGAAAGCUUUGCAUUCCAUAUGUGUUUAAUGAAAUGAUUUUAAGUAUUAAAAAUUAAACAAAAAGUCAAAGUUU